UUAGACUUAAAGAUAACUCUACUCACUACCAGAGGGCGCUUUGAAAAAAACUGUCAACAACUUAACCUAAAAAAAACUUCAAAAUACAAAAUGAGCUCAAAGGAUUCGCAAUUUGUUAAAAAACCUUACACUGGAAUCGUUACACCGCACAGAUUGACUGUGGCGAUUUUAAUUAACAUAUUUUGUUCGUACAGAGACUCAGAAUCUUUUAAGUCGUUAAAGAAUAGUAUAGCGCAAUGUUCGUUUCGAAGGAAUUUCGCGUGUUUGUGCUUGCAAUUAAUGCAAAGACCUGAUUUGACUCUCAAGGAUUUAAGAGAUUUAUUGCAAUCAGAUAAAUAUCGUGUUCCCAUUGAAGUAUUAGAUGCGUUCGAUGAGACUUUGGAGGCUAUGUAUCACAAUGGCUCCGGCUACAUGCUGGACAACGUGGACAGUUUUAGUAGGUGCAUACAGGUGCAAAGCGACACAGAUUCUAAACUCUGCCCCAGAACAUUCGUAGCAAAAAACAGUGUUGUUGGGUAUUAUGUGAGACGACUGAUUGUUUAUUUCGAUAAUUUAACGUUUUCUGAAAUAACCGGAGUGUAUUUGGCGUUUCAAAGAUACUAUGAAAGGUGGAAAAAUUUAUCCAAGGAAAAUGUUAGUAGGAAGGAUUUAAUUACGGAUCGAAAUAGGUUUCAAGAGCAAUGGUCUAGGAGACAGGCUGAGUUGUUUAUUGCCACACAGGCUGAAUUGUUGUCUAAUAAUGUGGAAAAAGCCAUGAAUCCUGUGGAUAUGCAGAAAACAAUUGCUAGUUUGUUGAAAUCCAAUCCUCGUCUAUCAGAAGCUCAUUUUCUGUCAUAUUUAAACUAUGCUAGGAUAAAAGAUUUUUGUGGGGCCAUCAAUAGUCUUUAUCAUUGUUUUGAUAAAGGGUUAGUUUUGGAUAAAGGUUCCAGUGAGGAAAGAAGCAAAGGGCAGAGAUAUGCUGCGUUAAAUUUAGCCAUUUUGCACCAUCAUUUUAACCAUAAUGAUGAAGCUUUAGCAUCUCUAAACGAAUCAAUCAAACUUUCCCAUGAAGCCAAUGAUAAUGUUUGUCUACAAGAAGCACUUUCCUGGUUAUACCGAAUCAGUAAAUCUAAUAAAGAUAAAUUAAUUUCCCAUUGUACUCUUAAGAGUUUUGAAUUGAAUUUAACUUACACGAAAUCAUUGGGAUUGCAAUGUUUUGGUAAAUUUAGCGUGGAAAAUUCUGGAAAUCCGCAACCUAUAUUUGAGAUUUUGGCCAAAAGCGACUUAAUCAACUACCAGCACAACCACAGGGACCUAAUUUGCAACAACUACACAAUGAAAGCGGCCUUGUGGCAGUUCUACGGUAAAACCGAAAUGGGCUCCCUCUGGAGCCAACUCUUCAUGUACCUCAACUUGGACUCGUGGUCACCAUCAAACGCUUUCUACGGCGAAGGUUUCUGUCUGUCGAUGUGCAACAUCGCCAACAACCUCUUGCAGCAAGGCGACUACAAUUUGGUGCACGUUUUGCUGAGUUUUUUGAGGCGGCGUUACCCGAACGAGCCUCGGUGUUUGGCUUGGAAACUCAUCGAGAAUUUGUUCGUCUACACCAAGGCGUUCCACAACGAAAAAUGGUACGACGCGGAGUGCGCGGCCCAAAAAAUCAUGGUUCUCAAUAAGUACGAAGGGUACCUACGCUUGGGAGAGCUGUAUUACUACAAAGAAGACUACGCGGAAGCCCACAGAUGCGCGACAGAUUUACUCAAACUGUUCGACGAGGAAAAAGACAUGUUCUUCUAUACGAGAGCCAAAGUUCUUCUAGCAGAAAUACAAUUCGCUUCCUCUUUUCCCAAUAUUCCUCCAGGCAUUAUUACUAUCCUAGAAGACAUUCUAAUGGAUGCCACGAAAUACCGACUGGACUUCCAAACGGCCAUAAUUUAUCUGCACAUAGCCCACGUCCAAUUUCUCAUGGGGCUUACGAGUCAAGCGUUGAAAGUGCUGGAUAAGGCGCUGGUGCAAAUUAUGGCCCAUGGUGGUAAUUUUGAUAGAGCCAGAGCUAUGCUUUUGUACGCCAAAUUGUUAAUAGCUGGUUCCAAAAACUUGGAUGAAUCCCCAAGGGUGGCGGUUUUGAAUGAUGCAGCCGAUAUUUUGGAGAAAGUUAAGAACGAUUUUGAUAAAGUCCAGGCUUAUUCCAGGGUCAAAGACGUGUUGUAUUUACAGUCUCAACUGUAUGAUAUAGUAAAAAGGAAGGAAGAAAGAAAUAAGUGCUCGCAUGAAUUUAGAAAGUUAGGGGAAGUACACAACACCAAAAAUCAUUUUACUCUUGUAAAAUACCUGUAAAUAAAUA